CUAUUUUCCUUCUUUUUCAGUGACCAUCAUCAGGGUUUAGGAAACUAAACUCACUACUCUAUCCAUGGCGGCCGGAAUCGCUCUUCUCUCUCUUCUUAUUGUUUUGACAAACCCUUUACUAAAGUGGGUUGCUGCCGCGGACGGACCCAAUGCCGAGAUUGAAGCCUUAUUGGCCUUCAAGUUAAAUCUUUAUGAUCCACUAGGAGCCCUCAGCGGUUGGGAUUCGUCUACGGCCACCGCACCUUGCGACUGGCGAGGCGUCAGUUGCUCUUACGGUCGUGUCAGCGAGUUACGCUUACCCGGCCUCUAUCUUUCCGGGCCCCUCACCGAUCAAAUUGCUAACUUACGUAUGCUGCGGAAGUUUAGUAUUCGUUCUAAUUCAUUCAAUGGUACUAUUCCUUCUGCCCUCUCUCAGUGCACUUUAUUACAGUCUCUUUUGUUACAAGACAACUUGUUUUCCGGUCCCCUUCCGCCGGAGAUCUUCAAUCUCACAAAUCUCGAGAUACUCAGUUUGGCUGGCAACCAGUUUUCCGGUGAAGUACCAGAUGAUCUCCCUCGAAAUCUCCGCUACAUUGACAUUUCAUCUAAUUCAUUCUCUGGAGAAAUACCCAGAAAUAUUUAUGGGUUAUCUCAGCUUCAGGUUAUUAAUUUCUCUAGCAAUCAGUUUUCCGGCGGGAUACCGGCGAGAUUUGGGCAGCUUCAACUGCUUCAGUAUCUAUUGCUUGACAACAAUCUUCUUGAAGGAACACUACCAUCUGCACUUGCUAACUGUACAUCGCUUAUCCACUUGAGUGCAGACCGGAAUCAUCUCGGCGGCGUGAUUCCGGCUGCAAUUGGAGCACUCCCAUAUUUACAAGUGGUUUCGUUAUCUCAAAACAAUCUCUCUGGUUUGGUUCCUUCUUCAAUGUUCUGCAGCGUGUCUUCAUCUCCUCCAUCAUUGCGGAUCGUGCAGCUGGGAUCGAAUGAGUUGACGGAUAUUGUCUCGCCUGAGACGACGAAGUGCUUAAGUGUUCUUCAAGUACUGGAUCUCCAUAAUAAUCAGAUUCACGGCACGUUUCCUCUUUGGUUGUUUUCAAAUGUAUCGAAUUUAACCAGUUUGGAUGUAUCCGGCAAUUAUCUUUCGGGUUCAAUUCCUGGAGUGAUCGGAAACUUGCUGAAAUUGGAAGAGCUAAAGAUGGCGAACAACUCACUUGACGGAGUUGUUCCUGCUGAGAUUACAAAAUGUCAUUCUCUUCGAGUUCUUGAUCUUGAAGGAAAUCGAUUUACGGGGGAGUUUCCUGAAUUCUUAGGACAUAUCACUGGUUUAAAGUUUCUCUCUUUAGGAGGAAAUCAGUUCACAGGGUCGAUUCCAACCAGUUUCAACAACCUCACUCAGCUCGAAUCCUUGAAUUUAAGAGACAACAGAUUGGAAGGAUCAUUCCCGGAGGAACUCAUAAUCUUAACCAAUUUGACAGAAUUGAAUAUCGGUGGAAACAAGUUCAUCGGCGAGAUUCCAGCCAACAUCGGGAACUUGAAACAACUGUCGACUCUUAAUAUUAGUUCCAAUGCCUUUUCCGGCACAAUCCCGACUACUAUUGGAAGGCUCUACAAGCUAACAACGCUCGACUUCAGCAAGCAAAACCUCUCCGGCGAGCUGCCAUUUGAUCUCACCGGAUUACCCAAUCUUCAAAUGAUUUUCCUUCAAGAGAACAUGUUCUCCGGCGAUGUACCGGAAGGUUUCAGUAGCUUGAUGGGUCUCCGAUAUUUAAACCUCUCAUCAAACUCGUUUUCAGGUCAGAUUCCUUCUACAUUUGGCUUCCUUAAAUCAUUAAUCUCUCUUUCACUCUCAAACAACCACAUCUCCGGCUCAAUUCCUCCGGAACUGGGGAACUGCUCUGCUCUUGAAAUAUUGAAUCUCCGGUCAAAUUCUCUAUCCAGCCAAAUCCCGCCUGAUCUAUCUCGUCUCUCCCGUUUAAAAGAGCUUGAUUUAGGUAAAAACAAUUUAACAGGUGAAAUACCACAAGAUAUCUCCAAAUCCCAAUCUCUAAAUUCGCUCUUUCUAGACUCCAAUCUUCUUUCCGGCACCAUCCCAUAUGCCCUCUCUACCUUAUCAAACCUCACAGCUCUCGAUAUCUCAGCAAACAACAUAACCGGAGAAAUCCCAACAAACUUCACACAAAUCCCCAGCCUAGUUUACUUUAAUGUUUCCUACAACAACCUUAACGGGAAAAUCCCAGCAAAACUCGGUUCAAGAUUCAACGACCCAUCUGAAUUUUCCGGUAACGGAAAUCUCUGUGGCCGGCCGUUGGAAGCCAAAUGCAAUGAUAUCGAUUCAGGCGGCAGUAGAAAAAGGCUGAUUUUUUUGAUUGUAGUGGUUGUCAUCGGAGCUUGCUUGUUAUUCUCCUGCUGCUGUUUCUACAUAUAUAGCCUGUUAAAAUGGAGAAAGAAGCUAAAAGAAAAAGCAAACGGAGAGAAGAAACCUAGCCCGGGCAGGACAAGCGGCAGCCGGACCAGCAGCGAGAACGGAGUGCCGAAACUGAUCAUGUUCAACAACAAGAUUACCUUAGCCGAAACAAUCGAAGCCACGAGACAAUUCGACGAGGAAAACGUACUAAGCCGAUCCAAAUACGGGUUAGUCUUCAAAUCGAUUUACAACGACGGAAUGGUGCUCGCUAUCCGUCGCUUACCGAAUGGAUUACCCGACGAGAACAUGUUCAGGAAAGAAACAGAGUCUCUCGGGAAUGUCCGUCACCGGAAUUUAACUGUUCUCCGAGGUUACUAUGUAGGACCGCCCGACGUUCGUUUACUGAUCUACGACUACAUGCCAAACGGAAACCUAGCCACGCUUCUCCAAGAAGCUUCUCAUCAAGAUGGGCAUGUUUUAAAUUGGCCGAUGAGACAUUUAAUCGCUCUAGGGAUCGCUAGAGGAUUAUCGUUUCUCCAUUCAUCUGGGAUUGUUCACUGCGACGUGAAACCGCAGAAUGUUCUCUUUGACGCCGAUUUCGAAGCCCAUUUGUCUGAUUUCGGUCUCGACAAGCUCACCGUCGCCACAGCGGACGAGCCGUCGAGUUCGAAGGCGACGGUGGGUACUGUCGGGUACGUUUCGCCGGAGGCGGUGAUGGAGGGAUUGUCGACGAAAGAAUCCGACGUCUAUAGCUUUGGAAUUGUAAUGUUGGAAUUGCUGACGGGAAAAAGGCCGGCUAUGUUUACUGAAGAUGAGGAUAUUGUGAAAUGGGUCAAGAAGCAAUUGCAAAGAGGGCAGAUUUCGGAGCUUUUGGAACCGGGUUUGUUGGAACUUGACCCGGAGUCUUCUGAAUGGGAGGAGUUUUUGCUUGGAGUGAAGGUGGGAUUGUUGUGUACUGCUCCGGAUCCGAUGGAUCGACCCACUAUGCCUGAUAUUGUGUUUAUGCUUGAGGGAUGUCGGGUUGGACCCGAGAUUCCUUCGUCUGCGGAUCCAACUUGUGAGGCUUCGCCCGUGUGAGAGCUCCUAUUCAGUUUGUAUUGGGUCAAGUAAUUUUUAGUUUUUUUAUUGAAUGGAUUUUGGUUGGUUAUUUCUUAUUUUGCUUAGAGCAGACAAAACUAAUUAGUUUUCUCAUUUCCUUUUCUUUCUUUUUUUCGGUUUUAAUUUUGGGAUAUUAGCAAGAUUAUCUUAAUUAUUCUUUCUGAUAAUCAAAUUUAAGACAUUUUAUCUU